UGAACUGAGAACUCUGAGAACACUUCCUUUUUCAUAUUUCGAGAGCUUCGAGAUGGGGGAGAAAGACUACGAAGUAACGUACAAGAUCCUCAUUCUUGGAGACAGUGGUGUGGGAAAAACUUGCCUGAUCUUCAGAUUUAUAGAAAAUAUUUUUUCUGACUCGUAUAUAUCCACUAUAGGUAAGUUAGUUGUUUUGCAAAGUUGCAAGGAAACCUGCAUAUUUGAUGAUGACCUUCAAAAUAAGCUUGAUCUUGUUUAUGAAAAACGCAAGCUAAUUAAUCAAAAUAAAAUGUUUUUAGCUGAAAGUAAAGAAAGAAAUAUGCGUUCAAAUAAGUUCAAUUUUAGAGGUUAUAUAUAUCGUUGAUCAACCUAUAAGUGGAAAACAAUAAUUAUUGCAAGUAUUUGAGCAAACCUUAAUUAGCACCACAAUACAUCGUCAUAGUUUAGCGCAUAUCAGCUGCAGUGUCUGCCAGGUUUCAAACGUGCACAGCUUGCUCAUACAACUUAUUUUGUGAUCGUAGUUAACCUAUCUAAAUACGCGCUAGUUCCAAUAUAAUUUCAUAUUCCAAGAGUGAAGACAUACCCUAAUUUGUCAAGGGUAAUUGAAAGUUUCACACGUACAGUUUUAAUUAAAUAAUUAUGAGCUCGAUCCGAAUGCUCAGCGGCAAUGCUUCAUCAAGAGUGUGUAGUAGUCUUAGAUAUUUUAAUUCAUUUCCGUUGCAGAAUUUGCGGAAUAAAAAAAAAUCUUUAAAUCUACGCAUAUUUCUCUAUUUCUCUAUCAAGGUAUUGACUGCAGGAGUAAAAUAGUAGACCUCGAUGGCAAAAGAGUGCGUCUACAAAUCUGGUAAAAUUUAUUGCUGUUUAAGUUAUGUGGAUUUCUAAAUUAGCUGUCAUGAUUACAAUUUUUGUCACUGGGUCUGGUUCCCAAAAAGGAAUCUAUGGUAAUUGAAGCCUGAGAGUUUUUUUCCUUUGGAUCAAGUACAUUAAUGUAGAACUGGACCAGAAGCAACCUGCUGCCUUUACCUUACCUUUGGAUGCUUUGAAAACUUUAUAUAAUUGUCUUUUCUUAUCUUACAUCAAUUAUUGUAGUUUAAUAUGCACAUCUAUAUAUGCUUGUUACCUUGAACCAGUAUGUACUUCAAUUAAAUAAUAGAAAGCCAUUCGAAUAAUUACUUUUUCUCCUCUGUGCACACCGUCCAGGAGCACCCAAUGACUGCUUUCUGUAAAACGUCUGUUCGCAGAAGCAAAUGUUGCCUAGAAUUUUGAGGACAUCUAAAAACUUCCAGAUAGAUAGAUGACCAUUCUAUUCAUCUACAAUUUUUGAAGCUUAUCUAAAAAAUCCCCUGCGAUUUUCUCAAGUCUAAUUUUUCACGUUUCAUUCCCCAGGUGAGGGGAUUUUUCUUGGAAAAAGGAAACCUAACAUUAUCGCAUUAAGGAAUCAGGAAAAUUCUCACUUUCAUAAUAAAUUAAAUUGCAUCUAAGAUUUUCAGGAAAAUAAUACUGAAGCCCUUGUAAUUUCAAAAGACUCAAGUUACCCUAGGAUGACUGAACUGAUACAAAUUUCAUAGCACUGCUUAAAAUGCAUGUCUAGAGAUCUUAAAGUGCUCUGGAUGCCCAAAAAAGUGAUUUCAAUGAGUGUAGGAGGAGACCGUUGUUGGGUGCCCCUGAACCUCUAAGCCCCUUUUUUCUAAGCAUAAUAUUCUUUCGCUCCACUCUAUCCAUAAAUUCCAUGUUGCCUGUUUUGUAUUCUCACAUUUUAAUAACCUUUUACCUACUCCUGUUUCCUCGAUCCUAGAUUUUAAUUCUGAAUAUCAUGAUUAUAUAACUCGUUCAGGUUCUAAGCUGCAUAAAACCUGUCAUAAAUAUCAAUUUGUUAUCACUUGGCAAGCUCCUAUCAUUUGGAAUGAUAUUCCGUUAACUGUGUGCAAUAGCCUUACUAUAAGUAACUAAAAAGUUAGGACUGCAUCUUUUGAGUACUUGAAUUAGCCUUAGAUGCAUAAAUUGUCGAAGGGCUGUAGAAAUUAUAUCCCUUAAGUUUAUAGUUUAAUCUAAUCUCUAUUCUCUAGGUGUAUUAUUUGGUUUGUAUGGUUUAUACGUAUUAUCGAGUGUUUGUAAGUUUAGUAGUCAUAAUUAUUUGCUAAGUAUUUAAUAAUAAUUACUUGUUAGUUUAGUCAAGCUUAAACUUAAUUAAACAUGUUAAUAGUUUAAUUAAUCAAGUCUCCAGCUGUCACCAAUUUUGUGGACCCGGCUUUGGUUGUUCUCAUGUAUCUUUCUGAGUGUGUGAUAUGUAAUUAAGUUAAAGUGAAAGUUAAGUUACUUUAAUUAAUUGCAGUUUUCUGCUGCCACUACCUUUGUUCCAGAGAUUCCUUGCAUGGAUCUUCGCCAACUUGUCAGACAAAGGCAGAAUAAACAAAGACAGCAGUAGCUAGAAAAUAAUUUCCUCCAAAGAAAAGAUUAAUGUUUGCAGAAAAUUUGCAGUCAAAUUAUCCUGAUUAAUAGACUGCUUUAUGCAGGCCCUGGAGUGCAAUAUAAUAGACUGUCUGGUUGUGUUGAAGUUUUCUAAAAAUAGUGGAGCUGGAACCUAAAGCCCUUUUCCAGGUCGAUGACCACCUUAGCCUCAAUGUUGGUCAUGACAGCUUAUGCACUGAUGAUGUUCAGCAUGGUCAAACUCUUUUUUUAUCAUCAGACAUAAGCUGUGAGUCUGACAUUGCCAUUUAUGCCACUGCUCUGUGUAUUCUUUGAUCUUCAAGCCCAGGUGAAGGUCUGCCAUCUGGAGCUCUAGACCCAUAAAAGGCUUCAUCAAUAGCGCCAUUAUUCUGUCGCUCAAGGUCAUAAGGGGUGUGGGGAGGGGUCAAUUAUUUCAUUAAGCAUGGUAUCAACCUGAUUGUGUCACAUUUAGUUUGCCCUCAUCAUAUUUAUACUCAUUUAUAGGAGCAAAACACUGAAACUGGAAAUUGUAAGUGGUCAACUUGUUCAAGAUGGAAACUCUUUCAGUUGUUGGAAAAAGAAGCCAGAACUUAGUUUUCCAUAUUUUGAGACACAGAAUAAAGUACAUUCUGCCAGCCCUGUAGAAAUAAAUUAGCACCAGCUAGUCAGAUUAAUUAAUAGGCUCAAUUACAAACUAAUCACUUUCAGACUACUAUUAAGUAUGUAAUAAUUAAAUUAUGUAUUUGAGAAAGUGACAUCCCUGUUCCUGUUGACAUUAGGGAUACUGCAGGACAGGAAAGAUUUAGAACCCUCACAAGUGCAUAUUUCAGAGGAGCAAUGGUAUAUUUUUCUAAUUUAUUUAACUGCAUUUGUAUUUGAAUAGAUACAGUAUUUAAUUUUCAGUUAACUAUAUCAAGAAAACAAGGCCAAAAAGUCAGAUUGAUGUUGUUUAAAAGCAGCAAGAAAAGCAUUUAAGAAACUGUACAUGUGUAGCUCUUUGAAAAGGUAACAAAGCUGCACAUUUACUGCUUUUACAUGUGAAAUAAUCAUCACUCUGACUCUUUUGAUAUAAAAAUUGUUGUUGUUUGGUUUAAGAACUGGCCUCAGUUAUUCAAAAGGUGGAUAAAUAUUAUAAUAUAGAUAUUUACUUAUAUAUGUACAUGUAAAUGUAAGCUAAGGGUGAAAUGCAUUGAAAGUUGUUAAUGUGGGCAUACGAAUGGGCUGUACAUGUAAGUUCCUUGGAAAGUGAGGGCUGAAGCUGCUUGUUUUUUGAGGUUUAUAACUUUGGCAAAUUUAUGAGCAGCAUAGAUCUAAUUAGCAUAGUGGGAUCUUGGUUCGCUUAGGUUGAGUGAACUUUGUUUCCUAGCAACACUAGGAUGUAUACAAAACAUGUACCCCGGGUCUAAUUGGACCACCCCUUUGGACCUAGUCCAUAGACCCCUUCAUGGACCCAGUCCAUGGACUAUCCCUGUGGACCACCUCUAAUACGAGUAUUUGAAGAUGAAUUUUACCAGGGGUCUAAAAAUUAGGGGUGGUCCACAGGGUAGUCCAUGGACCUGGUCCACAAAGAGGUCAAUGGACUGGGGGUCCAUACUUUGUAUGCGUCCGCAACACCAGGCUGGCAACAAAGCAAAACCUCAACUAGAUUGGCUGAUUCUUUUUGCUGCCAUUUUAGUGGUCAAGAAUUGCUCCUGACCAAACUAAAUCUUAAUCUUUGAAUUCAUUUGACACCACGGUAAACCCACAAUAAACUUGGCGCUUGAAUUUAAGUUUCAGAUCCAUACCUCAGCAGUAAUUGUAUGACCACUAUUUCUGGGCGAGUUUGCACACGACCUUGCCAAAUGUACGUUUUUCAUCCUUCAGGUCAAACCAUGCCAAAUUUGCUUCAAACCUCAUUUCAGACUCAUUACACUUUGAUAAUUAUAUUUCAGGGUAUUGUAUUAGUGUAUGAUGUAACUACUGAGGACUCAUUUAAACACAUUGCACAAUGGCUACAAAAUAUUCAGGAUGUAAGUGCAGCAGUCAUUAGCCUUUGUAGUUUAUAAAAUACACUGUAUAUAUGACCAGGCAAUUCACAGGAAAAUGCAAAAAACCUGCAGUUUUUAAGACUUAGAAUUCCAUCAAGGAGAGGCCAAGAUGUAAUAUAUCAUCUGGUGAUGAAACACUAUGUUGAAUGCUUGAUAUUACUUCUCAAACAAAAUGAUUUUAGUAGGAGAAAUUAAGGGUGCAAAAAUGAGCAGUUUUUCAUCUGUUUUCCAAACACUCAUUAACAUUAAUUUUCUUUGUAUUUUCUUUAUAAAUUAUUAAUGAGUUUAAGAAUGCCAUUUCAGACAAGCAAAAUCCUAAGUCUUAUUCAUUGAACUGCCUCCUUUAAAUACGUGUAUAAUAAAUAAACAUUAUAACUUAAAAGCUAAUGUAAUAGACAAAAUAGGAGCAGCAGACCUGCAUGGGUGUUUACAACAUUGAGCCAAAGACUCACAAAGAUAUUGUAAGUUCCAUUUGGCCUGAAUUUCAACCAAUUCUUCACUAGGAUUCUCGAGGAGACAGCUUCCAUUUCAAUAACUUUCCUGUUAAUUUAAGUUAUAAAUCUUAGCUGAGUAUAAAUAUUGAAGUGCAGGGACAAUUCUGCUGGACACCAUUCUGUUUGAAGUUUUACAGAUGGUCAUAAUUUUAAAAUUCUUGAAUCCUUUAUCAAUUUGCAAUUUUUAUUUUCAUAGAGCUCUUUUUGUUUUUUUUUUCUUCUCAGAAUGCAUCGCCUGAUGUUUGUAAAGUCCUUGUUGGCAACAAAAUAGAUUGUGAUGAUGAAAGAGUCAUAGACACUGACAAAGGCAAAUCGGUGGGGCUGGUCUUUUUCAUAAUUAAAGAACAAUGUUGGAGUCAUAAGCUGUUCAAUGAGGCAUACAUUUUACAAGUUAAUCCACGUCACUGUUUCAAUGUUUUUAUUUUAUUAUUCUCUUCCGCCGCUACAUUGUUGGGAAUGUCCUUGUUCAAGUAAUGUUGAACAGUGAUAAUUUUGAUGAAAUAGGCCGUUCAUGUAAACUUAUGUAAGUAACAUUGAACGAGAACACCGAAAGCCGGGCUUCAAAAAGUCGCAACUUGUUUAGUAAAUCUUUGAAGACUCUUUGAAAAGUUUUGAAAAAUGCCCAACACUUGGAUUAUUUUUCUACUCACUCAACAAACUGCCACAUUGCUCACCAUUUGCAGAGCAACAGAAAUUCAAAUAUUAAUUGCUGAUAACGUUUCCAGGGUUAAUCGAGAAGAAACGACAGGGAGUUUGUUUAUCGCGGUUCUCACCGUAUGCAGUGCGCCUUUUACGCGGGAAAUUUCAUAGCCACGCUCAGAAAGGUCGUUGCCCUUGUAGGUUAAUUAAAGAUCUUAUGCCGCGAGGUAAGCUCUAUGAUGAGAUAAAUUUUUCCUAGUUCAAACAGGGCGUUACAUGUUUAAUAUUUUAGUUCUGUUAGGGGUAGAACGAUUGUAGUGUUUUAACUUAAGCUUAAGCUUAUAUUUUCAAUGAUUCUUCAAAAUGUAGCACCGCCGUUUUCACUCUCAUUUAUGAUAAGCUUAAUUUUGUUCUUAUUUUGUUCAAGUUUGAAGUCUUAUUUCUUUCCGCCUUUUCAGAUUAGUGAAAAUGCUGACUUGGAAUUUUUUGAAACAAGUGCCCGAACGGGUGACGGAGUAUCAGAGGUAAAGAACUGAAUUAUAAAAAGAAGCUUUUAAUACUUGGAAAAAGGCGGGUCGCCGCAAUUCAAGUUCCUUUGAGUUUUCAGCCAUUCAGAAUUAUUUUCCCCCAUUUGAUAGGCUGUGUUGUACUGUCUAGUUUGUAGUUCACCAAAACGCUUUGGAAGUAUUUUUUUCCUCAUUUUGUCUUUAAUAGUCUACAAUAAUACAAUUGUUCCUUUCUAAAUGGUUGAGAAAUUAGCGACCAUAGCCUUGGCGUUCUUUUUGUGUGGUUUUAGCAAGUACUUUUUUUUACGCUUUUUUGGGGCAAGAAUGUAAUCAUGAUAGAAUUUACAAGAACACAUAUAAUUAAAGAAAUAAAAGUAAUUAAUUAUAGUUACAAUAAUAAUUAAAAACAAUUGCUGAUCGACAAAAGGGCAAGUGCAAACGGGACUACUAAUACUAAUAAGGAAAAUCUAUUGUUCUCGGUCAUCUGUAGUAGAAUCAGCACAUGUGAAAUGCAUUUUUCGUUUGAGCCUAGACUUUCUCAAAGUCCUUCGCUUCUCAUUUCCGGUUCCGGUAGUUGGUCCCAGCUCGAAGGUCGAGCUCCCGCGCUCUCGCUCACUUUUGCAACAGAAACAUAAAAAGUCUACCGCUCGUAUUUCCUGCUCGCGCUCGUGAAAAACUUUGAGCUCGACUUGUUUGAGACGUGCUUUGUAAGACCGCUAUCUUGAUAGUUUGGUUUUGGUUUUGUUUUUCUUGCAAGCCUUUGAUUUGAUAACAUGAUUGUUGUCUUGUUUUCUUGCAGGCUUUUUUUGCCGUUGCAAGACAGAUCAAGGAAUAUCACCAGAGGAGGGUUAGUUCAGUAUAAAAAUAUAAAUACAAUCACGGACAUGUUCAUAGGUGACAAAAACAGACUCUGGAUAUACAAGCGUACAGAUCUCCCCAGAAGACUCUUACUUUUCUGGGACCCUGUGAAGAAUUUCUAUGGCGGCCAAGUUAACCAGCCCGCUGUUUAAUCUGGGAGAUGGGUUACCUGUUUUAGUUUUCAGAUUGUCCUUAGUCGUUUUUCCUGUUUCGUUCUCCCAGUUUGCUAAUCUCGUGUCACUGGAAUUCGUUUUAAUAUGAAAAUGCCGUCGUUUUUGGCAUGAAAAACGCAUCGAGUCUUCAAUCAAUCAAUCAGUCAAUACACGUUAUAGCCUGAAUUUCAUCCGAUUACUUCGAGUCGUUAUUACUCCCUCAGUUGUUGAGAGGAGAAAACGACUCGAAGCAAUCGGAUGAAUUUCAGGCUAUACACGUUACGCAUAUUGAGCUAAAAGCUAGUUCAUCAUGAGUACAAUUUCGUGUUUCCCGUUCUACCAGUAUGCAGUAUGUACGUGAGUUCUAGCCUCAUGUAGCUUGUGGAAGAGCUCAGUUCUGGACUAGUAGCCAGAAGGUUGUAGAUUUGACUCUCGGAUUUCUAUCCCCGAAUCAUUUCUCAAGAUGCACAUUCUUGCACUGUGUUUUAUCAGAACGCCGUUUACCCUGAAACGAAAUGUAGUCUCAACGUAGUCAAUCAAGUUCUAAGGCUCCUCAUCUCUUAGUUUCUCUUCCGCGUACCGUUAUAACUCCGUUUUACAGUUAUUUGAAGAGAGGAGGACCUACCAUCGUUCCCAAGCUUUAUGUCUUCUUCCUACGUAGGAACUGACGAACGAAGUCCCUAGUAACGAGAUUGAGGUGGAGAAUUCGAUCCGCUCAUAAAUAGUGCCAUUAAUAGUGCUACGUUUUCCUAUGCAUUCACUUUCUAGAGGGAUAGAAAUGGUCAGCUUUUUUGCGGUGAAUAAGGGUCUCCCUAACUGAAGGCAAUUGUCAUAUAUUUAUCCUUAGCCUAAUUACGUUAUACGUCAUGCAACAAUUUCUUGUACACAGUAUCUCCCACCAUUAGGUAAGUCUGAACACUAAGAUAUUUGACGGCCUCUCGGGUCGUGUCUGACUUGUAUUCGUUGUUUUGAUUUCCAGAACGCAAGGUUAAAUGAUUUGAAUGAAUCAGGCCUCAUUCCUAUCCUCGGACCAGAGGGAUCCCAGGGCAAUACUCAGUCUUCGUGUUGUAGUUCGUGAUGAAAUUAUACAACAUUAAUUAUCACUAUCAUUUGUAGCUUGAUAUUAACAGGGCUUAGCUUGGUUCCAUAUAAUGGUACCUAUCGUCCUAGAAUUUUAGAGUAUAGCAGGGACAAUUUUUGAGGGUUACAUUGAAACAAGGCUUUAGAACUCUCUUAAAGCAAGUCUUUAGAGGAUAAUACAUAUCAGCAUCUGGGUUUAUAAGUAUAACUCAAACAAUACUGAGAAGUGGACUCCAUAGGGAAUUUAAAGAGGAAUGUCACAAAAUCUUGCGUGGCGAAUAGAAAAUCGCGUUCAGAUUUCCCCAUUCAUCGGCUUAAGGGUUGAGUACUUUGUAGCUUUUUCAAUAAGUACAUUUUUAGGAUUCCUAAAUUUUUAAUUCCUGCAGUUGCAUCUUUGACCAGUUUUAUUAGUUAGAUACAAAAUAGUGUAUAUCACUGAGCUGAGGUUGUAAAAAAGCCUUACCACUAUAAUACCGCGAGUACAAAGAACAUGAAACGUGUAUCCAGUCUAAACUGACUCACAGGCUCCAUUUCUCUUAAACUUUGUCUAUGGCUUGUCUCUUUGGCUCUUCUUUUUUAUUCUAAUCUUACUUUGCCUGGGGAUGAGUUUGACUUCUUGCAUGAUGACGUACUUAC